UGAAUGGUCCUUGAAGAUAAGGAAAGAAAUGAGAGUGAUUGAUAGACAGAUCAGAGAUAUCCAGAGAGAAGAGGAGAAGGUGAAACGGUCAAUAAAGGAUGCUGCCAAAAAGGGUCAGAAAGAUGUGUGUGUGAUCUUGGCAAAGGAACUGAUCCGCUCGCGAAAGGCCGUAAGCAAACUCUAUGCAUCCAAAGCUCACAUGAACUCUGUUCUCAUGGGGAUGAAGAACCAGCUUGCUGUCCUGAGAGUAGCAGGUUCAUUGCAGAAGAGCACAGAAGUCAUGAAAGCUAUGCAAAAUCUAGUGAAAAUCCCUGAAAUCCAAGCAACGAUGAGAGAGUUGUCCAAAGAGAUGAUGAAGGCUGGUAUCAUAGAGGAGAUGCUGGAGGACACCUUUGAAAGCUUGGAGGAUCAGGAGGAAAUGGAAGAGGAAGCCGAGAUGGAAAUUGACAAAAUCCUUUUUGAAAUUACAGCUGGGGCCUUGGGCAAAGCGCCCAGUAAAGUCACAGACGCUCUGCCAGAGCCUGAGCCCAUGGGAGCGGCCGCUGCUGUUGACGAGGAGGAGGACAUUGAAGCAAUGCAGUCGCGAUUAGCUACCCUGCGUAGCUAAGGAUGAAACGAAUGUGUACAGUUUGCCUUUUUUUUUUUCUUUUUUGCAGUGGAAUAUUCUUUGUGUAAUA